GUAGCAUUAUAUAGGAUAGCUAAAUAUAUUCGCAUACUUUUUGCAACUAAAAGAUGACCACUGAAAAAAUAGAGUUUCUUGUCAGACGAGUAAAAAAUUUUCUGAAUCUGGAAAUUUCAUGGAGAAAUCGAAUGAGGAGAAGUUUCAACACUACAAACAAGAAACUUUCGGAGUAUCAAAAUGACUGUUUCUAGUGCUGACAAUGUUGCUAAGAAGAUCGAAGUGAUAUCUAUUAAUGAUGCCGAGCCCGAACGAUUAACAACCCAGCCAAUAGUGCCGCAUGAAAGACAAGUUGUAGAUGGCAUCAUCGCCAUUUGGAAACAAGAUCCAUCGACCGAAUCAUUAGGAAUUCCUAAAUUACACGCAUUAUUUAAAGCACAACAUCCAACCUGGUCAGUGUCUGAAAAGAGAUUAAAAAACUUACUUAAGAAGUUUGGUUUAACACCAAAUACUAAUAAUGAACAGUUCACUUACGCUAGUGAAAUCAAGUCCGAGAUUGCACCAGAUUUAGAUUUACCAUCAAACGUUCAAAUUAUUAUGACCACGAAGAGAGGUAAAGGGAUUUAUGCCAAACAUAAGAUUGAUAAGGGUGAGAUUAUUUGGUCAGAAGAACCUUUAUUUUUCAUUCCACCUUUAGCGAACAUUAAACUUAUUAAGACUGGUAAAGCAUGCUCUUAUUGUGGAAAAUUAUUAAAAUCUAAUCUGGGAGGCAACGUUUUAAGAGCAUUAGAUUGUAAUAUCUGUACUGAAGUAUGGUGUUCUCCAAUGUGUAAAAAAUCAGACGGUACUUUACAUGGUUUAUUAAAGCAUAAUGUUUAUCAACCUCAUAAGAAAUCCACCACAAAACCAAUUGAUUCAGAAGCAUUUUUUGAAUUACAAGACUAUUGUUUAGAAGAGCAAUGGAAUGCAUUAUUUGCAAUUACUUUCAUAUAUGCUAACAUUUUGAAUGAUAAGUCUGGUGACAAAAAGAAGCAAUUUAGAGCAAUGGCCAGAGUAUCACAAGAUAUUAGAUAUAAGGCGCUUGAUUCUUCAGCUGGAGCUUUUGAUUCAUUACAAGGUGGUGCACUCUUUGUUCAAGAACAACAGGAAACAUUGUGGAAAGAAGGUUAUGAAAAAUUCUUAAGAGUUUUCCCAAAUGAUGCUUCAUCUCUUACAUAUCAAGAAUUCUUAUAUAUGAUGGGAACUUAUAACAUCAAUAAUCUUGAUUCCAACAUCUAUUCUAUUCAAUCACAUUUGAACCAUAACUGUGACCCUAAUACAUCAGUUGAAAGUUCUACUAUAUCUCGAACUUUUGGUUUGAAGGUUUAUGCUGCUAGAGAUAUCCGAGCUGGAGAAGAAUUGACUACUACAUAUGUCAAUCCAAGUCAUACUGUUCAACAAAGACAACGUGAAUUAAGAGUCAAUUGGGGGUUCUUAUGUAAUUGUCAGAAAUGUAAGGAUGAUAUAACUAUCCAACAUAAAAGAAAAUCUUCAUCUACUUCAAAUCCUCAACAUUCAGCUGAUGUUAGAAAAAUGUUAGCUGCUACUAAAAAAGAAGUAGGAGAAGAUGGUAUUGAAUUGAAAACUCCAACUGAAUUCCUGGGAGAACGAAGAAAAUCCGUCAGAUUUGACGAGAAGGUCAUUGCUGUUCAAGAGGAAUAAUAUUUACGACAUUGAUAAUGAUAAUGAUGAUAUUCAUAAUGAUGAUAAUUCAGCUUUGUAUAGUUUAUUGGUAAUUGUAAAAAACUUAGAAUCGGAAACAUCCAAACUUCAGCGUAGAAAACGGAUUUGUGCGAACACCGGGGAAACUCGAACAAAAAAAAAAAUAGAAAAAAGUAUGGUUACAUAAAUCGGUCUACUGUAUAGAUUUGUUGGACAAUAGUUUAAUGCU